AUGGUACAUAAGCGCCUAGUAAAGGAAAUUAAACGUGGUGGAUUAAAGGGAUAUCAAGAAAAUUACCAAAAAAAACAUUAUAAAUUGAAAGAAAAUGUAGUAGAUGGAAGUAAAGAAUCUGAUGAAAAAUAUGAAGCAGCACAAUACGGGUUCAAAGAGAAGUGUUCGUAUAAUGUAGAUAAUUCUUCAGGAAGUGGUGGACCAUAUCUUUUAGCAUUAAGAAAAAGGUUCCCCUAUGGAAAUGAUAAAGAAGAAGACGAUGAAGAAUAUGAAGAGGACGAAGGCGAUCAAAGUCUCCAAUACAGAGAGGAUGGAAACAGGGUAAUAUAUCCGCCCAAAGGAAGAUACCCUGUUAGAUACAUAGAACAUAUAGAACCUGGACACGGAACAUAUCCCACAAGAGGAACAUCUCCAGGCAGAUACGUAGAGCGUGUAGAACAUGUAGAACAGGCGCCUAUAGAUUAUCCACCAGGCAUAUACGUAGAUCACCCCCAAUACAAACCUAGGGUAGUAUACACUCCAGGAAUUAGGAGGUAUGAAGUAUACAUUGAACAAGAGGGGGAUGGACUAGAAUACAUUCCAUUCGUUGAAGACGUACCAGACGAGUUGGAGGGUAAACGGGAGAACUCAAGCGGAAAAGGAAUCAGAAAAGGAGGAAUCAACAAAAGGAAGAUCAACCAAAAAAAGAUUAACAAAGAGGAGAUAAAAGAUCAUAAGACCAAUGCAAAAGUAACCCAGCAGGAAUAA